GAACUUGGCAUUGUGACAUAAAAUCUCAUAACAUUUAUGCUACUGUGUGCUUUUUAUUCUCGGUGUCUCCCAACAGUGACGUGAAGGAGGAAGAAGUGGCCCCUCAGGCUAAGGAUGAGCAGACCUCCGAAUGGCUGUGGAGUGAAAGUUUGAGACUUACAGAGCUUUGGGAUAGAAAUGUUUAAUUAAAGUUCAUUUAUUUGGACAAUUUAUGUUGUUUUUAAAAAUGUUUCUUUAUCAAUGAUGCGGGAAUAAUUUUUUUUAUCAGUUCUAUGGGAAUUUAUCAAUCCAAUGGUGGAAGAUUAAGGUCUUCUAUGCUACUUUUUCAUUUUCUGCGCAAUCAUUUGUGGUCUGAACAUUGAACUGUGAUGGAGUUUUUGAAUUUUUCCGAACCCUUUUCCCUGCUGCGGGAAUAUUUCCCACUGGAGCGAUUCCUUCUGGGAGCAGGAAUUGUCGCCGUGGGGAUGUACUUCAUUCGACGGUACGUUGAGGGUGGACAAUUCCGGAAGGAUCACGUGAAAAUGGAUGGGAAGGUUGUGAUUAUCACAGGAGCCAAUACAGGAAUUGGCAAGGAGACAGCUCUGGAUUUAGCAAGGAGAAAUGCAAAAAUUUACCUAGCUUGUCGUGAUCGAAAACGCUGUGAAGCUGCCCGGCAGGAGAUUAUUGCUGAGACAGGAAAUACAAAGAUCUACAAUCGUCAGCUGGAUUUGGGUAGUUUGGCAUCUGUGCGGGAAUUUGCAGAAGCAUUUGCCAAGGAGGAGAAGCAUCUGGAUGUUCUCAUCAAUAAUGCUGGAGUUUUCUAUCUGCCACACUCAAUGACUGCAGAUGGAUGCGAAAUUCACAUGCAAGUCAAUCAUUUGGGACACUUCCUGCUCACACAUUUACUCCUUGACCUUCUGCGGAAAGCUCCACAGGGGAGGGUUGUGAAUGUCUCUAGUCUUGCUUAUGGGAAUGCCAAGAUUGAUAAAGAUGAUUUGCACCUGCAGAAACCAAAGAAUUUUACCAAAUGGAAGGCCUAUGGGAAUUCCAAGCUAGCGCAAAUUCUCACAACGCAACGUUUAGCAGAGGAGCUCAAAGGGACAAACGUGACGGUUUACAGCCUCCACCCGGGAGUGAUUUACACCGAAAUUGGGCGCAAUAUGUCCAUCCCGAAGAUCUUGGAAUGGCUUCUCUAUCCCCUCAUGGUAUUCUUCAUAAAUAAAUCCCUCAAAUCAGGAGCACAGACAACUAUUUGCUGUGCUGUUGAUCCCGAUCUGGCCACAGUGUCCGGAAAGUACUUCAGUGAUUGCAAGGAGGUGAAGUACAAGAAAUUAAUGCGUCAGGCUAAAGAUGAGGACACAAAGGAUUUUAUCUGGCGAGAGAGUCUUCGUCUGGCCAAGAUUCCCAGCAAUUUUUCAUACAAAUAAUCCUCUCUUAUUAUUUUGCCGGAUUUAAUCGUUAAAAAGUCAUUAAAAAUCAUUUUUAUUAACAAGAA